GUUCUGGCGGGGAGGGUCGGUGGUGGGCCGGGGCUGUGCUGGGCCCGGCCCGGUCUCACGUGGAGGGUGGCCGGGGCCGGGGGACGCGGGGUCUGUCACCUGCCUGUGGAGGGCUCGGCCCUGUCCCGGGCCGGCCGGAGUGCGCUGUAGCGGAUGGUGGGAACGCUCACAGCCGCGAGUGGGGUGAGCGCGAUAGGGUCACGGCGGCUCGGCGCCCCCAGCAGCUCGGUCCUCCUCCCCGGGACAGCUGAAAGAGAGCGGUAUGAGCAAAAAUGAGGAAACGCGUGGGUUGAAAUAGCGACAGUUUAAUCGGUGGAGGAAAGAGGAAAGAAGCGCUGCACAGGCCGUGCUUCAGCAUCUCCCCGAGCAGGUGAUGCCUGGCAGCCUCCGAGCGAUGGCCACCCUGGAAGGCACAUCCCUGCUUCUUAUUGCAGAACACAACACAGAGGACGGAGUGUCCCUUUGGUCAGGGCCCGGCUGUCGCCUGCCAGCCCCAUCUCCACCCCCAGCCUGCCCGCCUGGCAGGUUUGGCAGCAGCCGCUCUCCGCGGUGUUUGAGCCCUGGGGUCGGGGAUUGCAGCCUGAUGCCCGCACAGGAGAGAAUGUGUUUUGAAGUGACAAAGGGUAGGAGCUUUUCCUUAAAGAACGGAGGCGGGUGUAUAGAACAACAACACAUGUACCACAGGAGCUGGGACAGAUCAUGGACUCAGAAACAUUUGAAAAAUCUCGCCUCUAUCAGUUGGACAAAAGUACUUUCAGCUUUUGGUCAGGCCUCUAUUCAGAGGUUGAGGGCACUAUGAUUCUCCUCUGUGGAGGAAUUCCUUUUCUAUGGAAACUGUCUGGUCAGAUCUCUGGUCGUGCUGGGUUUGGACCAGAAUAUGAGAUUGUGCAGUCAUUGGUAUUUCUGCUGCUUGCAACACUCUUCAGUGCAGUGACUGGUCUCCCAUGGAGUUUAUAUAAUACAUUUGUCAUAGAAGAGAAACAUGGCUUCAAUCAACAGACGCUGGGAUUUUUUUUUAAGGAUGCUAUCAAGAAGUUUGUUGUGACUCAGUGUAUUCUGUUGCCAGUGACAUCCCUUCUGCUUUACAUUAUUAAAAUAGGGGGAGACUACUUUUUUAUCUAUGCCUGGCUCUUCACGUUAGUUGUUUCCUUGGUGCUUGUUACAAUCUAUGCAGACUAUAUUGCACCUUUGUUUGAUAAAUUCAUUCCGCUUCCGGAGGGAGAGCUCAAGCAGCAAAUUGAAACAAUGGCAAAGAGCAUUGACUUCCCAUUGACUAAGGUGUAUGUAGUUGAAGGUUCUAAGCGUUCUUCCCACAGCAAUGCUUAUUUCUAUGGAUUCUUCAAGAAUAAGCGGAUAGUACUCUUUGACACGCUCCUGGAAGACUAUUCUGCUUUGAACAAAGAACCAGCAGAAGGAGAAGAUGGUGAAAAUGAAGAAGCAAAGUCUAAAACCAAAAAUAAGAAACAAGGAUGUAAAAAUGAAGAAGUUUUGGCUGUACUUGGUCAUGAAUUGGGUCACUGGAAACUAGGUCAUACUGUCAAAAAUAUAAUCAUCAGCCAGAUGAAUUCCUUUCUUUGCUUCUUCUUGUUUGCUGUGCUAAUUGGUCAGAAAGAACUCUUUGCUGCAUUUGGUUUCUAUGACACCCAGCCUACCCUGAUAGGCUUGAUGAUUAUUUUCCAGUUCAUUUUUUCACCUUACAAUGAGGUUCUCUCAUUUUGUUUGACAGUAUUAAGCCGACGAUUUGAGUUUCAAGCAGAUGCAUUUGCCAAGGAACUUGGGAAGGCUAAAGACCUAUAUUCUGCUUUGAUCAAGCUGAACAAAGAUAAUUUAGGAUUCCCUGUUUCUGACUGGAUUUUUUCAAUGUGGCAUUACUCCCACCCACCCCUUUUAGAAAGACUUCAGGCCUUGAAAGAUGCAAAGCAAGAGUGACAGCAAUGAUUGCUGGUUCAGAGACAGUGCUUCCAUCUCAGAAGCAAAGUUCAGAGCUGCUUUUUAAUUUUUUUUUUAAAUGGAUAAUGCAAAUUAAGUGCGCUGUUAACAGCACCACAGAUCUGAGUAUCCUGAAACAGGUGUUAAAUUAUAAAUGACUUAUUUUUAACCAAAACAAAACUGUGGAACUUAAUUUAGAAAAAGUGCUGGGUGAAGACCUUCCCCCCCACCCACCACACUGACUUUUAUUUCCAUAUCAUAGUAUAGACUUAUAAAGGGAGGAAAACAAGUGUAGACUUCAAAGCACCUUUUUCUUCACUUUGUGUAUGCCUUGAACAUUGCUUUUGAUCCUUUUUCUAUUCUCAGUGUUUUGUGAACCUUUCCAGUCUCACCCUCUUCACAGUGAAGAGGCUUUGGGUGACUUGAUUUCCUGUAUAAUGAUACUUGUGCUUGCCAGUGUGUUUUAAAAAGCUGAAUGCAGCUGCAGGCUUCUCUCCUGCAUUCAUGUCUGUCAGAAUGAAAAAUGCUGCUUAAUAAAACCUUCUUUCUCUGAGGUGUGGGAAGAAGGAUGAAUUAUA